GCGCUGCCGACCGUGGGCAACCUCACCACCAUCCUGGCUACCACACUGCUGCCCCCCACGCCGACCCCGAGCCCCACGGGGCUGCAGCGGUUCUACAGCCUGUCCUACAUGUGGUACAGCGCCCACAACUCCACCACGGUCAUCGUGGUGGGGGUCCUUGUCAGCCUGCUCACUGGCCCCACGCCGGCGGCGGCCCUGGACCCCCGCACCAUCUCCCCCGUGGUGCCCCGGCUGCUCUGCUGCCUGUCCCCCAAAAUCCGGCAGCGGCUCUGCUGCGGGGGGGAAGACCCUGCCCAGACCCCCGGCCACGCAGAUGCCACGGAGAAGAACAACGGGGUGCCCAACGGCCUGGGCCCCCCCGGCCCUGGGCAGCGGGAGGAGGAGGAGGAGGAGGAAGGACAGGGGUACACGGCCCCCGCCUACGCCGUGCAGGAAACCUCCUUCUGACCCCCCCGGCGUGGGGAUCCUGGCCACCCCCCCAGGCCGGGGGGCUCAAAGCCCCAGUGGGGCACCCACAGAAGGUCAGGGAGUGCCAAAUAGUGGGGUGUGGGGUGCCUGGUGGGGGGCCAGUGGGCUGCCCCCCAGGGAGGCUCUGGGACCAUGUCUGGGGGGUGUCAGAGCGGUGCCCCCCACCCAGGUCGGGGUGCUGCCCAGUGCCCCCGGCCUGGCCAUGUGCCUUACACACCGCUCUGCUCUGGGGGCUGCCUGGACCCCUGGGGGUGCAGAGCACACCCCCCAAGCCCCUGUCAAUCGUGUCUGUGUUCAAUGUCCCCCCAAUAAAUGGUUCUGGAGCACAGCUGUC